UUACAGACGGGGUGUGAGUGGUUUUGGUUGGAUUCUGGACGAGACUCCCCUGAUGACUCAGAGUUGAGCAAUGGCUGCACGUCUCUCUUCAGCUCUUGGGACUCCAGUCUGGAUCUUGACGCGGGCAGUUGGAGGGAAACUGAGGAUGCUGAGGCUGAAGGACUAGAGGAAAGCAGCCCAGGGAGAGACUCUAGUGGGCUUCUUGUGGAAGAUGUGGAGAGCGAAGACCCUCAGGAGGAGGCAGAACAAGACACACACCAGAACCUCCUCCAAAUCCUCUCUGAGGGGGAGGCUCAGCAAGACACAAAAGAGGAGGAUCAGGGUGAAGGGGAUGCUUCAGAAAUAGAAGAGCAGCCCCCUUUAGGUGAUGGCGUCGGCAUUAAGGAAGCUCCCCUGGUGGACAUCCUGUACAACUCCUCACAACUGAAUGACCUAAGCCAAGGUGAUCCUAUUCAGGAUCAUUUCCUAUUUAAGAAGACUCUUUUGCAAGUCUGGAAGAUGAUUGCCAGUCACAGGUUCAGCAGUCCGUUUUUGAAGCCUGUGUCAGAAAAGCAGGCCCCAGGAUACAAAGAUGUGGUGAAAAGACCCAUGGACUUAACAACCCUGAAGAGGAAUCUGUCUAAGGGACGCAUUCGCACCAUGGCUGAAUUCCAGCGGGAUCUGAUGCUCAUGUUCCAAAAUGCCGUGAUGUACAAUGACUCUGACCAUCACAUCUACCAUAUGGCUGUGGAGAUGCAGCGGGAAGUCCUGGAGCAGAUCCAGGUGCUGAGUACCUGGCUGGACAAAAGGAAGGACUUGUGUAGUCAGGAGUGAAUGCCAGCUAAUCCAGUGGCUGAAGGAAGCCUCUUUUGUUAGCCCGGUUCUUUCUCAAGUUUAUAGCUCUCCUCACAACUGGCCGGAGAUGUGAGGACUUACUCCUUCCCCACCGCCUUCCUAACAAGGAUAAUAAUGCCUUACUUUCCAAACGAGAAGCCCGUGUG